AUGAUGCGUCUUGCCCUUGCCCUGGUGCUGCUGGCCGCCUCCACGGCUGGUGUGCCUCUGCAGCGCCGUGAGGCUUCGCCAAGCCCAGUUACCAUCGACGCCUCGGGGGACAGCCAAUUGUUGGCCUCUACCGUCGCGCCGACCACCACCACUACAACGACCACCACCACGACCACAACCACAACCACUACUACCACUACGACCAGCACCGUCCACAUGUGCGCCCAAGACGAUGCCUACGAGCCCAACGACACGUACAACUGGGCCGCAAUCCUUCCCAUUCCCAGCGUCAGCAACCUGCGUCUCUGCGACACCGGCGACUACUUUCGCAUCACCGUCUGCAACGGUGCCACCGUCUCAGUGCAUCUUACAUUCAACAGCUCAAACGGUGACUUGGACAUGGCCAUCUAUGACUCGCCCAAUGGCGUCCUGCUCGACUCGUCGGCCACCAGCGGAAAUGAGGAGUCGAUUACCUUUGUGAACGACUCACCUGGCGUCGGGACCACCGAAUUUGUCAUCCGUGUCCUCAGCCUCUCAAACCACAUCAACGCCUACACGCUGAACGUGUCCCUGGACGACGAAUGCAACGAGCCCACCACCGUCGUGCCCACCACCACCGAGCUCGAGAUCACCACACCCGACCUCAGCACCCCCGUGUGCCCAGACAACUUUAUCAUCCGCACCUAUGCGCGCGACCGCACCUUUGACGUCACCUUCACCGUCUCCUGCCCCUAUGGCCACAUCGUUCGCUUCUGCAACGACCGCGACGAUGACGCCGUCGAGUUGAUUCUCUUUGAUGACCAAGUUGUUGCUUCUGAUUACACCCAUCUUCAGUACUACGUGCCCCCCGAGGUUGCCAUCGAGGGCAAGCACUACUCCCUCCUCGUCUGGUCCAGCCGUCGUACGGCCAUUGAAAUUUAUGGUCACCUGCUCAUCAGCGAGUGCGUCACCCAGUAA